AUGUCACUAGUAGACAAGCUUGAUAUGCCUUGGUUCCUGGAGAAGGAGUGGGGUGCUGAAGCAGGUAACAUGCUUGUAUCAGUCUGUGGAAGUCCCAUGUUUGAGCAGCGCGCAAGGAAGGUCAUCAGAUCGAGUUCACAUGAGAUCGAUUUCAGAGGUAGCGUCUUCCAGCCUAGCAAUUCUUAG